AUGGCUUGCCAAGUUAGUAGUACUCCAUAUGCACAUUUAUCAUCAAUAAUAAAAGACAAUAAAGAUCAAAAGGAGUGCUGUGUUUGUUUAUAUGAAAAGGAUUUAACUGUUGUGUUCGAUUGUAAUCAUCAUGUAUGUCUUUCAUGUUUUAAAAAAUAUUCUAUAUCAAAAUUGAAUAGUCGUCAAUUUAAAUAUGAUGCAAAUAUUGGAUAUAGUCUUGGAUGUCCAAAUGGUUGUUCCAAUACACUUCUUCGUGAAUUACAUAUUUUUUGUUUAAUGGAUAAAUCAAAUUACGAACGAUAUAAAACAUUUGGUGCUGAAGAAUACGUAUUUUAUCAUCAAGGUGUUCUUUGUCCAACCGCAUCGUGUGGUUGUGGACUUAUACUUGAUGAAAGUAAUUUAAAAGUUCGGUGUCCAUUACCUAUUGGUUGUGGGAAAGCAUUCUGUAGAAGUUGUAAAACACUUUGGACAGAUGAUGCAUUGCAAAUAUGUAAAUGCCAAACCGAUAGUCAAAAUGAUAAUCAAGCAUUUUCAUAUUGGUAUCAAUUAUUUGAUACUCGACGUGAAUCAUCACUAGCAGUUUAUAAAAAAUGUCCAGGAUGUUCUGUAAAUACUGAAAAAGAUGGUGGUUGUAAUGCAAUCUCGUGUACACGUUGUGGUAUGACCUGGUGUUGGAUUUGUGAAUUAGAAUUUCGUAAUGAUUGUAUUCAAUCUCAUUGGUUUUAG